UGGUGGCAUAACAUACUCUACAGUAGUUGGUCAGUGCUGGUAUCACCGUUCUGGUGGCUUGGAUAUUACUAUAUUACAUUGAUAUUUAAUCUAAUUAGAGAUAAAUAAUGAUUUAAUGAUGGUAUGUUAGUUUUGGCUGAUGUGGUUCGAAACCUUGCUGAAUAUAUAACAGAAUAUAGUUAUAUAUACAUAUGUGUAUAAGAUUCAGUUAACCUGUUUUAAACAUUUGGACAUGUGUCGUUGGUUAAUUCACAACGCCCCCAAGUGAGUACAUACAUGAAUAAUGAUAUGCCUUAGGUGUUGUGCAGGAGAGCAAGACAUUACAAAGUAGAAUAGAUAGAAAUAGUGUAGAAAAAAAUAAAGCAUGUUUGGGUUGUAUUUUUCAUGUAGAACAUGUAGCUCAUAUCUGCUCUGAAUACAUACAGUGUCUGUGUUUAUUUUAUUUUUUUCCUCAUUGAACACACCAGUCAGACCAGUGUCCCUAUCUCUUGAGCUCUGCGGCACUGCAAUGCAACAACACCCCCCCCCCCCCCGCUCCACUCAUGAUGUCACUGCUGACACCUCCAAUGGGGGUGUGUCUGACAGAAUUAUUUCAGCCAAUUAGGCUUCAGCUUGAGAAGGAGAGGGUGGAGGAGGGAAGGAGUGAGCGAGCUUUUGACACUCUGCAGCGAGUAGUGCAGCUAUGGGGAACACACAGGAGAGGCCUCCUGGCCAAGGAGAUGGACUGGGGACUAAAGCCGAGCAGACCAUCCCAGGGAACAGAACACGUAGUAGGGCAGGCAGCACGGAGAAGCCCAGAGCGCAGAGACCUCCAGAGAAGGCGGCCACCGUGGCCAAUGGAAACCAGAAGACGGCGGGUCAAGUUGGGGAAAAGAAAAGUCAAGACAACAAAUGUAGGGUAGCUGAGGACACCAGCUACCUGGAUGCCCCUGCAGGUGCCCUGCCACCCCAUUUGGCACGCCUGAAAAAUGAAGGGAACCAUCUUUUCAAAAAUGGACAGUUUGGAGAUGCAGUGGAAAAAUACACCCAAGCCAUUUCUGGAUGUUCUGAUGCAGAGGUGGACAGCCCAGAUGACCUGUCUAUCCUGCACUCCAACAGAGCUGCCUGCCACCUGAAAGAUGGCAACAGCGUAGACUGUAUCAGUGACUGUACCAGAGCUUUGGAGCUACAUCCCUUCUCCCUGAAAGCCCUCCUGCGCAGGGCCAUGGCCUAUGAGUCACUGGAGCGCUACCGUAAGGCCUAUGUGGAUUACAAGACUGUGCUGCAGAUUGACACAGGGACGCAGGCUGCCCAUGACAGCGUUCACAGGAUCACCAAGAUGCUCAUAGAGCAAGAUGGUCCGAAUUGGAGAGAUCAGCUUCCAGAGAUCCCCCUGGUCCCUCUGUCGGCCCAGCAGCACCGCCAAGAGAAGCCCCACAGUGCCAAGCUCAACGAGGCCCGUGCUGCACAGAAGGAAGCCAAAAAACAAGAGGCUUGUUUCACAUCCUUCAAACAGGCGGGGAAUGACCUAGUGAGGAAAGGCCACUUCCAGGAGGCCCUGGAAAAAUACAACGAGUGCCUUCAGAUCAAGCCCGGUGAAUGUUCCAUCUUGACAAAUAGAGCCAUCUGCUACCUGAGACUGGACCGCUGUGAAGAGGCUAGACAGGACUGUGACUCCGCCCUACAGCUGGAGCCAACCAAUAAGAAGGCUUUCUACAGACGUGCACUGGCCCAUAAGGGUUUACAGGACUAUCUGGCUGCCACUAAUGACCUACAGGAAGUGCUACAGUUAGAUCCUCAUGUCCAGGAAGCGGAACAGGAGCUUGAGGUUGUGACUGGCCUGUUUCGACAGAGUCUGAUGGACGGUGCAACAGACAAACCCAGGAAUUGAAGAGGCUCCAGAAAAAGAAAGAAGAGAUUGAGAGAAGAAAGACUAACACAAUAGACUCCUGGGCAGGACCCACAGAAGAGCUGUACACGCCAACACACUCAUCCCACAAUGGAAAUUGCCAGUUUUGGGCAAAGAUAAAGGAUGUCAUCUUCAAUAGACUAGCUCUGCUUUUUAAGAGUCACAAAUAUUUUGUCCCAAAAAGCAGGAAUAUUUUUCCAUAACUCUUGGGCAGACAAGCGGCACUGUAACUUGUCUGUUUUUCAGACAGCUAGGCAGCUUUUCCUUUAGCAUGAUCAUAAACAGCCCCCCUGGUGGAUGUGAUAGAUAAAACAGCAACGCUGCAAGCCAAUUGUUUACAUCGUGAAAGUACAUCUUGGAAAAUAGUUGUGAAAUACAAGCAGUAUCCAGAUGCACGUAGAAAGAGGUGUGUGCCUUAUCAAUAUUCAAACUCAAUUGACAGAUUUGUGAAAUCCGUGAAUCAGUAAAUCCUUAUGUGUAUGAUUCUUGAAAUAAGUUCUUGAUUCAUCGAUCAAUUCUGGAUUCUUGAAAAGGGAAAAUGUUUUCAAGUUGGUCAGACCCAAUCAGUGACCUAAACACAAGUGGAUAUAAGUGACAGAUCAACCAAUCUUGUUUCAAUCUUGAAUGUGACCAAGACAAUUGUAUGGUAUAUACAUUUAUACAGUAUUUAUUGGUUUGUUGUAAAAUAUUGCCUCCUUAGUGGCCAGGGUAGACUUGACAAAAUCUACAUGCAAUGGCUUGCAUGUUCUGAAUCAAUUCCUUAAGCAAUUUGGAUGCUUUUCUUUGAAGUUGUUUUAUGACUAAACUGACAUUAAGGUAAUUCUGCUUUUUACUAUAUACACCUUAAACUCUUCAGCAUGUUUAUAUCAUUGACACAAAAUCAUUCUCCAAAAUCCAAUUCUCUACAUCACAAUCUCAAUUCUUUUUCAGAAAUUGUCCACACUGCUUGAUUCAGCUGUUUAUUUUUUUAGAUAUGCAUAUUGUAAAGCAAAAAUGAGUAACAAACAAAUGAAGUACAUCUCUCCUGCGCAGGUACGAAAUCAGACCUGGCACAAGUAUUCAAAAAAUACAAUGAAUUACAGAAAUUUAGGAAGCUAAUAAAGUCCUCCUUGCGGCACUGAA